UGCUGCCAUCUGACGGUCUUUAGCUAUGAGAUUUCAGUUCACUAGAUGUUAGUUCUAUGUGUAUUCGUAGCGCUUUUAUGAUUUUUACUUUUUGCUGUGACGUAUUAUUAUUUGUUUAUUAUUUAUUUAUUCUUCUAUGAUUUAGUGUCAAAACCUGAAAGCUAGCUAUUUCUGUUAAAAUGGUAGUUAUUUACACUUAUAUAUCUUGAAAUAUGUGAAGUUGUCUAUAUGCGUAUAGGCUGUCAGAGCCAUGUACGUGAAAAAAUGUUUCGUUCCAAAAUGCCCCAAUACAAGUUUGGAUUUAGAUAAAAUAUUCAUAAGAGUUCCAAAAAUAAUGGAGGUGAGAAAGAAAUGGUGUGCUGCAGUCAAAAGGACGAAUAUUCCUUCUACAAGAACACCUGAUGUAUUUUGCUGUGAAGAUCAUUUUAAUAUGGAGAAAGAUUCUGAGAACUGGUUGGAACAUAAAAUGGUCAAAAUGAGAUUACGUAUGAAAAAAAAUUGUUUGCCACAUCUUAAUCUUACCUCUAAUGAAAAUAUUAAAGACUCCAAUUCAUCAGAGUUAAUUCUUGUUCCAAAAAAAGAGAAAGUUGAAAUGGUAGAGGUUGCUGACAAAACUGAUUGUGAGAAUAGUUCUCCAUCAACUCCAUAUAAUUUUAUGGGAACUGCUGCAAACAUUUAUCUUCCACCCACUUUGCGAGAAGAACCCAACGCAUCACAAAGGGAAAUUGGCAUACAAGUAAAUAUCAAGAAUCCAAGGAGAUCGAAGAAAAUUGGAACAAGCUCCGGAACAACGGAACCCGACCAAAACGACGAUGAAGACGACGUCUUUUCCGAAACGGAAGAAAAAAGCACCGACAGACCGAACAUUUCCCACGACGCCCAAGACGAUAGACUGGUCGUCACGACGGUUGUCGUAGAAGAUCAGGACGAAACAAAUGAAGACAUCGACAAAUUUAUGCAAAAUAUAGCCGCCAGGCUGAAGAGAUUACCGCAACAUUCCAUCGACUUGGCCAAAAUGAAUAUUCUCGCUCAAGUAACAGAGCUUGAAUUGGAACAAUCCUGGACGAUCUCAGCAUCAGAACCUUAUUCUUAACAAGACCUGAUGUGAUUUUUGUUUUUGAUCAUGAGCUCACAAUAUGUCAACUUGGUGGGUACCGAGUUAUUCGGGUUGAUGCAGCACGACAGAAAAUAUUUCAAACAUGAUAACGUAACAAAGGAAUCAUCUCGUCAUUUGUAUAAAUAGUUCAAUAAGAUAACACAAUGUGGUAAAAAACAUUGUUUUUCCGUUAACCAACUGUCGUCCCUUUCUGAAUGACGACCUUCAGAAGUUGUGCGAGCAACGGAUUAACCAGGUCUUACUUUUUAAAGUGCGCCAACCCAACUGGCUACUGUCCCGCUACUGGAACAAUCCUUCAACUUGUGUUGAGAUUUCAACUGUGUGAGAAUUUGAGGCUAGCAUUGACUGGAUGAUAAACCAUUUUUGAUGACUAGAUAUAAGAUAUCCCACACCUGCAACCAAUAGGCUAGUUCAAGGAAAUAACUUGAACACUAAUAAAGCCUUAAAGAAAAUUGUAGAACAAUAAAAACUAUUUCGCUGUCGAAUAAACCAUUACUUUUUGUGUUAAUUGAAUACCUCUACAGCUGAAGUAGUGGCAAGACAAGAGAUAGAAUUUCAAGACUAGUAAAAACCCUUCUGACAAGGCAUUCCAUAACUUGGUUGGUGAAAUGCUUGUUGUGAAGAAGGUAACAUUUCUGGUAUUUAGGAGCAGUUGAAAUGGAAAUGUAUUCAGUGUCUCGGGAAAACGGAUAUAUUGAAAAGAAAUUUUUGUUUAUGUGAAGUUAAUGUAAGAUGAGAAAUAACCUUACUGAAAAUUGGUAUUUGGAUUGCCUCCUGUCUGAAAAUUCCAUUAUUUGCUCCUGACAAAUAAUACAUUGUUCCAGAAUUGAAAACAUUUAAGUUUUUCAAUGAAUAUGAAGCCGUUUUUAAUUCUCGAGCUGUUCAAGAAAUUUAAAGUCUGAAGCAGCACGUAGAAUGAAAAUAAUAAUUUGAAGACUUCUCAAAGAAAAUAGUUUUGCUAUUUUGAGAUCAUAGAGAGUUUCACCAAUUGACAAAGACAUAAUUUUCCACCAUUUACUAGUCUGUGACCAUAUCUAUAUAAUUUUGUUACAAAACAGGUUGAUAUGAUUGAUGUCUUUGUUGAAAAUAUUUUCUGUUCAUUAUGGUGCAGUUGAUUCGUUAUUUGAAAAAAAAUAUUUCUCCAGAAUCAUACUGUUGCAGAAAUUUGUUUCAUCUUUUUUUUAGAUUAACAAAAUGCAUUUUAUUUUUCAAGUCGGUAUCUGCCGUUAGAUUUGACAUGAUUUGUAAUAGAAUAAGUGUUAUACUUUUACAUUUUUUAAAAAUAUAUAAAUGUUUUUAUUUUGAA